AUGUGCCCCACAGCACCUCCCUGUCCUGGCUCCUGCCUAGAUGGGGACCCGCUGCCCAGCGCCAUGAGGACGAACCGCUGCAGCCACCUGCCCGGAGUGUCCCCGGAGUGCCCACGCCCUCCAGCCCCCGAUGGCAAGAGCCUGCCCGGCAGCAGUGGGGGCCUGGCCACCAGCUGUCCCCCCCAGUAUGUCAUGCAGGUGUCCUCCAAGGAUGGGCAGCUGCUCUCGUCCGUCGUGCGCACCCUCGCCGUGCAGAGCAACCCCUUCAAUGACCGGCCCAUCUGCAGGAUCUGCCAUGAGGGUAGCAGCCACGAGGAGCUGCUGUCCCCCUGCGAGUGCACAGGGACGUUGGGCACCAUCCACCGCAGCUGCCUGGAGCACUGGCUGUCCUCCUCCAACACCAGCUACUGCGAGCUCUGCCAUUUCAGGUUUGCAGUGGAACGCAAGCCCAGGCCACUGGUGGAGUGGCUGAGGAACCCGGGCCCCCAGCAUGAGAAGAGGACUCUCUUUGGGGACAUGGUGUGCUUCUUGUUCAUCACCCCGCUGGCCACCGUGUCCGGCUGGCUGUGCCUGCGGGGAGCCGUGGACCACCUGCACUUUAGCAGUAGGCUGGAAGCUGUCGGCCUCAUUGCACUCACUGUGGCACUCUUCACUAUUUACCUCUUUUGGACCCUGGUGUCCUUCAGGUACCACUGCCGGCUGUACCAUGAGUGGCGUCAGAACAAUCAGCGGGUGAUGCUGCUCAUCCCAAAAUCUGCACCCAUCACCUCCACCCACCAGUCCCUGCUGGGCCUGCAGCCCCUCAAAAGGAGCUCCAAGGAGACAAUUGUGUGA